UUCUGUUCAACAUUGAGCUGAAAUGAGAUGAUAUGAUUCCCUCCACAGAUCUGAUCCGUCCGUGUUUCAGUGAUGAAACGUCCUCAGGCUGAUGAAGGUCAGAGGAUGAGUGUGAUGAACCAGCAGGAAGGAGAUGAAGAAGCUGCAGUCAGAGGUGAAAACCCCAGCAGAACCUCCAAGCUGCCAGCAGGGGGAGUAGUUCUGCUGGUUCUGGUCGGUCUGCUGGCUGCUGCUCUCAUCGUCAUCUACAGGCUCUCGACUCACAUUGUGCGAACAAAUGAGGAUCUGCAGAGAAUCAGAGAGGAGAAGGAAGUCCUGAGGAGAAACCUGACAGCGUUUGAAGACGAGCCGUCCUGUGAGAUCGGUUGGGUCCAGUUCCAGGGAAGCUGCUAUCACUUUUCCACAGACCAGUUUUCCUGGGCGGAGAGCCGGAGAAGCUGCCGGGAAGCGGGAGCGGAGCUGGUGAAGGUCGACAGCAGAGAGCUGCAGUACUUCCUGAGGUACCACCUGACCGGGAAAAUGAAGAGCUUCCAGGACAUGUUCUGGAUCGGACUGACGGACUCGGCGGAGGAGGGGAGAUGGGUCUGGAUGGACGGGUCGGACCUGAGCGAGAGUGUGCAGUUCUGGAGCCAAAAUGAGCCGGAUAACUGGACAGCGGAGAACCCGGCGGGGGAGAACUGUGUGCGGAUGGGGAUGGAGGGAGGAAGACCGAUGAACAACUGGUACGACAAAGACUGCGGCGCCGCGCAGAGGAGAAUCUGCCAGAAGAGAAACUCCGGAUAAAGACAAGAGAUUCUUUUUAAAUAAAUAUGACACAAAUAUUUAUGCUUUGUUUUAGUUCUUGGACUCCGAGCCAAAUGUUGGACAUCGUUGGCAGGAAAGAAAAAUGCAGACAUUUCACUUUCACAUUAUUUUUCUUGACUUUCUGCCAAAUGAGAUUUGAUUCCUUCAUGUUU